AUGGCGUCGGGCAGGGGUUCCCGAGGUGGUGCCGGUGGCCCAUGGCGGGGUGCAGCAGGACAGAGCUCGACGGAGCAAGGGCCGAGGGGCGCUUGGCGGCAGGGCCCGCGAAUGGAGGAGGUCGACGAGGUGUUGCGCGGCGAUGGCCUCAGGAUGGCCAUGGCGCGGUGCAGGCAGGAGGGCAGCGCGCCUGCCCGUUCGUGCGCGAGGAAGGAACACAAGCAGAGGAGAGGAAGAAGGCACCACGGCCACCGGAGGUAG